AUGUCUAAGAAUCUCAUAAUCUCACUCCUCGACCAAAAACUCAAUGGCCCAAACUACCUCCAUUGGUUACGUAGUCUAAAACUUUUGCUCACUAUUGGGGGGCGUCUCCAUGUACUCGAUGAGAGACUUCCUACCUCUAUACCUGACACUGCGACUGAUGCUGAAAAUGAGACUUAUGAAGCUUGGAAGAAGGACGACACUCAUGCUAGGUGCUACAUGAUAGCAUCUAUGGAGCCUGCGCUUGCGAGGAAAUAUGAGUCUCACUUGCAUGCUUUUGACAUCAAGUCUCAUCUUGAUAGCAUGUAUUGUGAGAAUAUUAAAGUGUCUAGGUACGCAACUACCAAGGAGUAG